AUGUCUCAACUAGAGUCUAUCCACAUCUCAUCUCGUCCGACAAUAGCAGACACCAUCCAACUUCGUAAUAUUCAACUUCAACUACCCACAGCUCCUGAUCCAUGGCAUCGACCUGGAAAGCCGCAGCCCUGUAGUGCAUCCGUGAGGCUUUCGUACGCCUCUUCCGUGAGCGCCGCAGAUGCGGAUGAUGUCAGUCAAACCAUAGAUUAUGGCAAGUUAUUUCGCAGGAUAGUGAAAGAGCUUGAGAGCGUCGACCAGGCGAAGCUCGGAACUUGCAUCAUAGCUACCGAUGGAACGCCGCUGCAAGAUCGGCUCCUUGGACAGACUGUUGAAGAUACUCGCCUGGCUGCAGCGACCAUAGCCAUGUGCAGUCUACAGUCAUUGGAAGAAACUGCUGGAGCGUCUUCCCCGGCAGUCCGUGGAGAUUACGGUGAAUUUGAAGUACGCCUUCAACUCCCGAAAGCAAUUCUCCGCGCAAACAGAGGCCUGCUAUACAGCAGCAAUUUUGCCCUAGGUACCAUGCAGAGCAAGGUAGCGGAUGUGACUGAACGGCGACUAGUUCUUCUGCGCGAGACGUUUGAGAUCCGGGGGGUCCAAUGUUACUGCAUACUAGGUAUCAACCCAUGGGAAAGGGUUGAAAAGCAAGCAGUCGAUAUUUCCCUGAGUUUCGAGGGACAUGGACUCCAGGAAUGGAGCUCUACGGUUGUUGACACUUAUCAGGAAUUGGUUCGCCAUGUCGCUGAGCGCGUCGAAAGCUCUUCCUUUCAAAGUGUAGAGGCUCUUGCAACUUUCAUAGCUCGGAUUGUGACUGUAGAAUUUGGAAACAAUGAAGUCACUGUGCUCGUGGAGAAGCCGAGCGCCUUGUCCUUUGUGGACGGGUCAGGCCUGGAGAUUACGCGAUCGCGCAACUUCUUUCAAUAA